AUGCUGGACGAAAGAGAACUUGCCAUCAACCCGGUCGUGCAGGAGAGCAUGAUGCACAAUGCGAGGACCGUCUCCAACAUCCGUUCCCUGACUGCCUCUCUCUUCGGUGUUGCCGCUGGUGUUCUCGGCCUUGAGUCCUUCCCUGGUUUCCUUUUCUACGCCCUCGGCUCUCUGGUCGUCUCUCUACUCAUCUUCUCCCUCCGCGCCAACGUCCAGGCCAAGUCAUACUUCCACUCGCCUAUCGCCGAUCUAUGGAUCGGUGACCUCUUUGGAGGUCUCAUGAGUUUCGUCCUUACCUGGACUCUGUUCUACGGUCUUGUCCGCGCAUGA